AUGGUAGGACUUAUUUGUUAUCAUCAUCUUUCAUCCACCCUCCUGUGCGCCAGUUUCCCACUGAGCAAGCCUCAACUUGCUAGCAAAUGGGUGCACAGCCUAGGAAUGAAAAAUUUCAUCCCAACUGCCAACACCUGCCUCUGCUCGGACCAUUUCAGGACCGACUGCUUCAGGGACUACAACGGCAAACAGUUUCUGAGGGAAGAUGCCGUCCCCACCAUAUUCGCUCAGAGACAGGAUUCAUCGAAGAUUGGACUCCGUAAAAGAGGGGUGAUACCAAAGGAGACAAAUGUGGUUUCUGCGGCUCAGUCUUUCAUAAAAGAGGUGGUUCUCCUGCUAGACCAUACAUCUACACUUGUGCCAAGGUGUGCCACUAAAACUUGGCUAUUUGAAAAUGGACACAUCAAGUCUACUGUGGAAUUUAGCUGCAUGUGGAGUGCCAAUAAAAUACCUAUUGAUUUAUAACUAACUCAGCUGCUGAUCUAUUGUGAUACAGCUAGGUAGGUAGUUGUUGAUUUGUUGUGAUACAGUUAGUUGGUUAUCUGUGUUUUAGCUAUCUAGCUGCCGACCUAUAGAGCUAUAAAGUG